GCAUUUCCCAACCCCGCCCCACGCCUCUCAAACUCUAUCUGAACUUUCUUUAGUAGAGCGUCACUCUCUCGGCACAACCUGGCUUGGACUAACCACAGGACUGCUCAACUGCCUGUGAAACACGAACAAUGGGUUGGCAGGAGCAAGGAUGGUUCGUCUGUGCGAGUUUUCUCGGAUUUGUGGCGUCGGUGCAGAGCAUAACGCGAGGGGAGCUUUUUCCUUUUGGUCCAAGCGCAAGAGACCAGCUACUGGAAUCAGGGACCGAUCAGACGCACCAACUUAACCUGGACAGACCAGUGUUGUUUUAUGAUGGCACUUUCGACAGCAUCUUUAUCAACACCAAUGGUUUUGUUGCCACAGCAGAGCCGACAAGCGAGUUGACAUAUCUUGGCAAAACGGCCCCAGACUUUGGCAUGAUUGCAGCUCUGCAAGGAGAUCUGGACACAAGUGAUGCUGUGGGGAAAGUUUUCUUCCGUCAAGACAGCAGUCCGCACACUCUGCGUCAGGCUGCAGAGCACAUCAAUAGGGCCUUUCCAGAAGACGAUGAAGUCAGUCCUACUCAUGCUGUGGUGAUCACCUGGGUAGAUAUCACCUCUAACGAACCUCAAAGCAGUGGAGAUGGCAUCGACAAGAGGAGAAACACCUUCCAGCUGGUUAUUGCAUCCCUGGAGACCGCCUCAUAUGCUAUCGUUCUGUAUACAAGGGAUGGGAUACAAUUUACCACCACGCCUAUAGAUGACAGUAGUGUGAUCAUGCGUGCAGGCUUCAGUAAGGGUUUGGUCCAGGGUUUCCUGUUUUCCAGUCCGGGACCGUACUAUCGCACUACCACUGACGACGAGGAAUCCGUCAGGGCUUUAGCAGAACAGACCAACUCUGGCCUCCGGGGAGUAUGGGUGUACGAGAUUGGAACUUCUCCCUAUUUUAGCAAUGUGGCUCCAGGAGAGGUCACUGACCUGCCCACUGAAGCCACAUUGCAGAGGACUUCUGAUGGCUAUGAAGAGGCCAUCAAUGCAAGGAGGACUGUGUACACUGAUGGACAGCAAGUGGAGUACCCACCUUACGAAAUAGAGCAGAUAGCAGUUCACCCAGUUCAGUACCAGCCACAUCACCCUAACAACCCAGAAGUAGUGGAGGUGGACGACACAGAUAUAAAUGUAGAUGUGUUCUCAUACAACCUUGGGACAUGUACGAACAACAGAAAUAAGUGCUCCCAGUUUGCUGACUGCAAGGACUACUCCAGUGGAUACUGCUGUCACUGCAGGCCUGGGUUCUAUGGCAAUGGCAUACAGUGUGUGGCAGAAGGAAAGCCUCAAAGGAUGAAUGGUAAAGUAUAUGGAAAAGUGUAUGUUGGCAACUCUCCUUCUCCGAUUGAGUUCAGCAGCAACGAUCUCCACUCAUACGUGGUGGUGAACGAUGGCCGCUCCUAUGUGGCCAUCAGUGACAUCCCUUACACCCUUGGCCCCUCACUGCAGCCUCUGUCAGCCCUCGGUGGUGUGAUUGGGUGGGCGUUUGCUCUGGAGCAGCCUGGAUUCAGGAAUGGCUUCAGUAUUAUUGGGGGAGAGUUCACACGCCAGGCAGAGGUGACCUUUCUGCCAGGGAAUGAGAAGCUGACCAUCAGGCAGGAGUUCAAAGGCAUCGAUGAGCACGACCACCUGGCAGUGAGCACCUCCCUGGAAGGCCGGGUCCCUGAGGUGACACGCGGCUCCACGGUGCAGAUCGACCCUUACUCUGAGAUCUACCAGUACAGCAACAACUUGAUCACCUCAUCUUCCAAUCGGGACUAUGUGGUGAGCUUUCCCGAUGGCACCACUGAGACCAGGACGUAUCAGUGGCGUCAGACCAUCACCUUCCAGAGUUGCCAACAUGGCGAGUCUUUAAGAGACAUGAAACCCACCCAGAUGCUCAGUGUGGAUCAGGUCUUUGUCAUGUACGAUGCUAAUAAUGAACUCAUCCGGUUCGCCAUGAGCAACAAGAUCGGAGACACCAAUGGAGGACAGCCAGCAGAGAACCCAUGUUUCACUGGAAGACACGGCUGUGACACCAACGCUAUUUGCAGAGCUGGAGAGGGGACCCAGUUCACCUGCGAGUGUGCGGCUGGCUUCAAUGGUGAUGGCCGCACCUGCUAUGACAUUGAUGAGUGCCGAGAGAAUCAUCAGAUCUGCGGCCCAUAUUCUAUCUGCAACAACCAGCCCGGGACCUUCCGCUGUGAAUGUGAGGAGGGAUAUCGGUUCGGCAAUGAUGGACAGACCUGCAUCGAGAUUAAUCGCCCUGUGGAUGCUUGUGAAGAAGGCACACACGAAUGUGAUAUACCUGAGCGAGCGCAGUGCAGUUACACUGGAGGUUCCUCCUAUAUCUGCACCUGCCUGCCAGGGUUCACAGGAGAUGGAAGAUCCUGCCAAGACUUAGAUGAGUGCCAGUCUGGCAGGUGCCACCAGGACGCCGUGUGUUAUAACACUCAGGGAUCCUUUACCUGCCAGUGCAGGCCAGGUUACUAUGGCGAUGGUUUCCACUGCUCUGCAGAGAGGACAAAAACGCAAUGUGAGAGCCACAGAGACAGUGUCCUAGGUGGUCCACGGGGCCCACGGCCUCCCGUCGGACAUUAUAUUCCUGUAUGUGAUGAGAACGGUGCCUAUGAAGCCAUGCAGUGCCAUGGCAGCACGGGAUACUGCUGGUGCGUGAACCGGAACGGACAGGAGAUCCCAGGGACUCGCUCUGGGCCUGGAAGCAGACCAAUGUGCAUAGACAAUGGUGGUGUGCCCCCACCUGUUGGACCCACCCCACGACCUGGUGUCCUCCCCCUGCCUCCAGGAACACACCUGUUGUACGCCCAGAGCGGCAGGAUAGAGCAUGUCCCAAUGGAUGGUUAUGAUAUGAAGAAAGAUGAUGCCAAGGCUAUCCUUCAUCUCCCUGAGAAGGUAAUCAUUGGAGUGGCCUAUGACUGUGUGGAGAAAAUGGUCUACUGGACAGAUAUCACAACACCAACUAUCAGCAAGGCCAGCAUCCAGGGGGGAGAGCCCACUGCAGUCAUUAGAUCAGAUUUGAAUAGCCCAGAGGGCCUUGCCAUCGACCACCUGGGACGAACCAUGUUCUGGACGGACUCUAUGAAGGAUUGCAUUGAGGUGGCUUCUCUGGACGGAUCUCAGCGACGCAUCAUUGUAGACACUGACCUCGUCAACCCUCGUGCUAUUAUUGCUGACCCCCCCAAUGGUCAUCUAUACUGGGCCGACUGGAACAGAGAUGCCCCGAAGAUCGAGACCUCUUACAUGGAUGGAUCCAACAGGAGGGUCCUAGUUAAGGACGAUCUCGGCCUGCCGAAUGGCUUGACUUACGACUCGCAGAGCUCUAUGCUUUGUUGGGCAGACGCAGGUACGCAUAAAAUGGAGUGUAUGCAUCCUGACCGGGGUGAUCGCAGACAGGUUAUGGAGGGAGUUCAAUAUCCUUUCGGAAUUGUGUCGUUCGGGAAGAACAUCUACUACACUGACUGGAAGAGGGAUGCCGUGAUUGCAGUGGACCGCUAUGCUGGCAGGGAGUCAGACGAGUUCCAGCCUCAGAAACGCACCAAGUUAUAUGGAAUCGCCAUAGCUUACGCCCAGUGUCCUUCAGGACAAAACUACUGUGCUGUGAACAACGGGGGCUGUACUCACCUCUGUUUAGCAACACCAAACGGUCGCUCCUGCAAAUGUCCCGACAACGCGGUGGGUUGCGUGGACAGAGACAGCGGGUACUGAACCGAGGCCGCCAUGCUCUGAGAGAUUACACUGUUUGGAUGUUUGAUCACAAAUUAGGAGCCACUCAGCAUUACUAAACUAUAGCUGCUGAAAAUUGCCACUGAAAACCAGAGGUGAACUUACUGUGCCUUUUAUUGCUCAGUGUUAUGCUUAUCUACAUUUCUACAUCUCCCAUUGCCUUUAUAUGACCACAAAUGCCUUCCAGAAUUGUAAAUAUAAACACUAUUAUGUUGACUGCAUAUCUGAGUGCACAUAAACUGAGAAUGAAGCUCAAGGGAUAAAUAAUUUAAUGUGAAAUUCAUUACAGCAAUGCAUGAUUUCGCCUCAUGCCAGUUGUGUUACACUGUGGCAUGUUUGGAUCAGGCUAUCUCAUGGAAGUAUUAUUGUGGAGUAGGAUUAAAGGAGUCUGUACAAACUGGUGGGAUGAGUUUACGUGCUGUGCAGCAAAUGAAUAAACAUUUUUCUAACA